AGGAUUUUACCCCAGUUCCAUAUAAGGCUCCACCACCUCCAAAAACAGAAAAAUCAUUUCCUCCUUAUACUGGAUUUGGUUCUGAAGAAGAUUCUCUCUGCUCCUGUAUGGGUCUGCUUCUCAAGCCUCCUCAAAAAGAUUUCAAGAAAUUCAUGGAGAAAGACAGAAAUGGCAUGGAAAGUAACAUACUGCGCUUUGUUGCAAAACUCGUCACAGAUAGUCCUAUUGACAAGGAUCGCAAAUUCAUUAUUUCCUAUUUCCUAAGUGAUGACACCAUUUCAGUUUUUGAACAUAUACAGAAAAACACAGGGAUACUUGGUGGGAAGUUCUUGGAAAGAGGUCGCAUUAAGAAGCCUGGGCAGGAGCUGUUUAAGAGUGAGCCAUCUGAAUACUUCAAGGCUCAGGAUCUGUUUGUUGGAGCCAGAGUUUGUUUCCAUGGUCACAACUUUCUUCUGGUGGAUGCUGAUGAGUACACGUUCAACUACAUGGAGAAGCAUGCAAAUGAGUUCUCCGUGGCCAAUAUUGGUGUCAUUCUCAAGAAACUGAAAGACAUAGCUGAACCUCGUUCCCGAGAAAUCAGACAGGUGUUUGCAGCUGCUGACCCUGAGCAUAGCAAGGUGAUUGAGUAUGACACUUUCAGAAAUUUGAUAGUCAGUAUCACUGAUGAAACAUUCUCAGAACAUGAAAUUAUAACUCUUGGGCGCUAUUACGGUGUGAGAGAUGAAUAUGAAAUGGACCUCCACUUCCUCCUUGCAGUGGCUCAAGAACAACUAAAGAAAAACAGCUUUGAGAAUUUUGAACAGCUGUCUGCAGUGCUUAUAUACAAUGACCGUGAAAAAUGUGGAGUGCUGCCCCGUGAGGUGUGCAGGACUGUUUGCAAGUCCUUUAAGUUGCCACUGGCUGAUGACAAUCUGCAAGCUUUACUGACUAUGUGUGAAGAUGACCAUAAGCAGGUGGAAUAUAAAAAGUUUGUGGAUGGCCUGAACUGGAGACAGAAUCCAAUCCCUGCUUUACAGACGAUAAAAGUUCCUCUCAAGAAUGAAGAUGACCGGAGUGGACAACCACCAUCCCUUCCUGUGAAAGGGAUCAAAUACUUACCUCUUCUGGAUGAUCUGUUUGGCAACGAAGAAUAA